GUGAAAAUUGAGACAGUAGACAUACACCACCCUCCAUCCCUAUUUGCUCUUUAUAUAAGUGUUGAUACUUCACUCUCAACAGGCACUGAAAGGCGUCUUCCUUAAAACUGAGAGUCUUUCCCAAUGUCUUCAAAACCUUGGUACUAUUGUUGGAAUUGACCGCAGAAAUAUACAUUAAAUUGUUAAAAUCUUUACAUAUAUUUUUCCCUUUUGGAAAAGAAUCCACAUCUUUUAGAUUUGUUCCUUAAUUUUUAUGAGGAAUAGCACUAUCCAGCUGCUUCUAACAAGACAAGCUAAGUAAAAGAACACUUUCUCUUCCAAUUUGUAGCAUUAUGUACACAUGAAUGUUCUUUCUCCAUGUAUACUGUGCCGAGGUGAAAUGUUACCUGCAUAAGUGCUCUAGGCUCAUUUAUAUUUUAUCUGCACUGAGUGAUUCAUAUGUUAUGCCCCAUUUAUCAUGCUCUGUGUUUGCUGUGAACAUACCGGAGCGGGAAAUUAUGAUAGGGUCAAAGGCAAUGAAGAUGUCGAACACUAAUCCAACAGGUGUUCCCACUCCCUGUGUCUUUUGUAUACACAUAUUCAAAUCACCUAAGGCAAGACAAGGUAGAAACUGAUAACUCACUGCUGAUUUCCCUCGCAAAUAUACACCACAGCUGCUGAACCAGGCGCAGGCUGUGCAUUAGAAGGAAAGAGUCCUCGUGCAUGAAGCCUCAGGAUGCUUUCAUGGAGCCCUUUAGCACUACAUUCUUGUGACUUGCAGUUCAAAAUCCGUCUUCUUCUCUUAGGUGUAUGUUCUGCAUUAAAGCUGACAGUUCCUUACCAUACACUUAAUGGCACUGAAGGGCAACCACUCAGACUCCCAGUUAACUACACUUUCAACAUGACAGCUUCUGAAAUUCAGAUAAUAUGGUUGUUCGAGAAGCCUCCAAACACCAAAUAUCUGCUUAGCUCUGUGAAUCAGGAAGUUGUCACAGACUUGGAAUUUGGGCAGAAAUUUACACUUAUGCCUCCAAAUGCAUCUUUGCUAAUAAAACCUUUAGAAAGAAGUGAUGAAGGCAAUUACAUUGUCAAAAUCAAUAUCCAUGGAAACAGAACAAUAUCAGCAAGUGAAAUUAUUCAAGUUACUGUUCAUGUUCCUGUCACAAAACCACGGAUAUACACUGAACCCUCUUUUGGAGUCGUGGAAAAAAGGGGUAACAUUACUUUAAAAUGUACUGUGGACAAAGGAACACGGGUUGUUUACCAGUGGAUGAAAAAUGGAAACCCCAUCAAAGCCAGUGCUAACUACUCCUUUUCUGUAAACAAAGAUAUACUUUCAAUUGCCCCGGUUGUUAAGGAAGCCAUUGGAAACUACAGUUGUUUAGCAACCAACACAGUCAGUGCCAUGGAGAGUGACGUGAUCACACCAACAAUAUACUAUGGACCCUAUGGACUUACCAUAAAUACUGACAAGGGCCAGAAAGUUGGGAGAGUGUUUACACUCGAUAAAGGUGAAGCAGUCCUGCUUUACUGCUCUGCAGACUCCAACCCACCAAAUAUUUAUUCCUGGAUCCGGAGAGCAGACAACUCCACACACCCCAUUAAGUAUGGAAGAUCGCUGGAAGUUGCAGCAGAAAAAGUGACACAGAAAACAGAAGAAUACACCUGCAGUGCUUACAACAACAUGACUGAAACCCAGGCUGAAACACAUAUCCUUGUGAUAAUUAUGCCGAAAGGACUGGAGCAGCUGGCCCAAAAAGGAAAAUACUUAUCACCUUUAGCAAUAAUAACUGGAAUUUCCUUAUCUUUGAUACUAGCAAUGUGUUUUCUAACAUUAUGGAAAAGAUUUCAACCUCAUAAAGCUAUACAGCAGACACUGCAGAUCAGGCCUGAAGCUGAUUACAGAAGAGCACAAACAAUUUCAGGGCAUGAAAACGCACUAGAUGAUUUUGGAAUAUAUGAAUUUGUUGCAUUUCCAGACCCUGGAGGAAUUUCAAGAAUGUCAAGUCGAUCUGUUUCUGGUUCUGAUGUUAUCCAAGGGCGUGAUUUCCAUGGUACAAUUUAUGAAGUUGUUCGGCAUAUUCCUGAACAGCAACAAGAACACCAAGAUGGUACAUGAAAAAAGAAGUAAGAACAAUGAUAAAGAAAUCUGUCUCCGAAAUGCAGACAGGAGAAGCAAGAACUGCCCGUAAGGGAAAGGACCAAGCUGCCACUUGAAAUGAAACUGCCACCUCAGGUUUAACAAGCAAAAACCUUUGUUUCUGCAUUCCUAAUGUUUCUAUAGUGACUUUGUUUGAACUGUGACACACCUCUAUAGGUUGGACUGUAAAAACAACAUUUCCAACAAGCAGAGCCAAAAAGUUGGUUGGUGUCUCAUUUUAUUCUAAGCAUCUCAGCCCAGCUGAAAGAGAUCUCCUGUGGUUGGUUGGUUGUUCUGAUUUUUUUUCUAAUUGAGACUAAUCUGCCUUCAAAUCAUACAUCAGGCUGUACUGUUAGGAAAGCAAAAUCGCCAUAAAAAUAGCAACAUAAUAAAUGCAGUAUAUUUUUGUGGGUAAAUCCUUACUUUUUCUAAAAUUAACCUAGAUUUUAAAAUGCAAGAUUGCAACCUUGAAACAAUGUAUGCAAGAAUCACUGUGCUUCUUAUUUUUCAACCUCUGUAUUACAUAUACUUUUAUAAAUACAUGUAUAUAGUGUCUCUUUAUGUGACAUCUGCACAACAGUGAAUAUUGUGCCUCUAAUGAGUGUUUGUCCCAUUCUCAGCCAUUUCCAAACUAUCACCUUUAAUUAUCCAGAGCUGCUCAACUGCACUAUAAUUCUGGCCAUCUUUGCUAAAUAAUUCUCCUGGGCUCUGAAAACUAGAUGAUUUGAAUGGAUAUCAGGAGAGCAUUCCUCCUGUUAUGCCCUACUUGUAAAUUUCUUCAAAGCAAAUAAAAUGCUGCAUUAGAGGAAGACAGGGCUCCAUCUAAGGGACCAAACUGAAACAAACAAUAAUCCAUACAAUGAUUAAUUUUUGUGUAUUGGAUACAGAGAAGUCAUAAACUUCCCUUUUCCCAAACUGGAUUAGGCUCAUGAUCUCCGGAGAAGAUUAUAAAACUGCCCUUCCAUAGUUCCAGUCUGUCUCUGGUAGAAGAGCUUCUUGGCUGCUCUUCACUUUAAACAAAAUAGUACUGCAAUUAUUCAUUAUUAAUUGCAUGAACAUCCUCGUAUUUAUGUCAACCAUGAGGGUGAAUGAAUUCAAAAUUCUAAACUGAUUAAUUUAAAUAAAUAACAAAUAAAACAUUCAAUUCAUACUAAAGACUGCCAAAUACUGCUGCCCCACCUAGAUAUGAACUCAAUUUAAUCCCAUUCAGUUCAAUAUUGUUUAUUCAAUAUUACACUUGGAUCAUAUAAAACCUAAUUUCACAUACAGAUCUCUCAGAUCAAUUUCCCUUCAAUUAAGUUACCUGCUAAACAUCCAGUUCCCCUUUUCUCUUCACAAAUCAAGAAUAUGCCACAAUUAUCUCUUACAGCCCUCUGCACAACUUGAAUUUUUCUUCCUACUUCCAGAACCCCAGUAGAAGGACUAAGAUUUCAGGCACACAUGGAAUUCGCAAUAAAUUUGCGUAGAUAAUAGUUUAGGAUUAAAGUCUCUAAAUUGUUCUUUUGCCCCACCAUUCUAUUCCAGUUCUCUAGUUCCCAUGCCCUGGUAUUUCAACAUUGCCAUCUUAAGACAAAAAAUCAUGAAAAAAGACAAAAAUAUGAGUUUUUAACAGUUAGACCAAUUGUUUUAUCUUUUGCCUCAUCCCAAAAGUAGAUUAUUAUACAAUCCAGAAGCUCAAGUAUUCUCACAUAUAAUCAACAACAACAACAACAACAAUUUAUUGAUUAGCCAGUUGGCCUUAUCAAGCACAGACAAUACAAACAUGAAAUACAACAUACAUCUGGUACACUUAAAAUAAAAUAAAAAUAUACAGGUAUUUGCCAGCUUGGUGCCAAAGUAGCUUAGCCAUAGAUGUAUGCAUCAACUAUCCUCAUCACCCCUACACUGCACCCCAAUCUGAUCUAUGUACUCCGAUCUCCUUUUAGCAGCUUUAAGCACAUAUAAUCAAUGGGAAAACGGUGGACUGAUGUCACAAUUGUAGAGUGCCCCAAACAUUGCUGAACUGCAGUUCCCAGCAGCUUUAACCAGAAUAGACAAUGGCGAAGAAGCUGGGAGUUACAGCACAAUAUCUGAAAGGCUACAUGAUUCCCACCCAUACUUUAUACAGUAGAUGGCUAUGGGGAGGGGGGAAAUCCAGUUGUUAAGGAGUAAUUUAGUUAAAUGUGCAAUAUAUCUUCAUGAAGAAGAAAAAUCCCCCACCCCCCAAAAUUCUGUAAAUGAAAAAUAAACUGAAUGGAUUUUGGUGAAAACUUUUACUGAAUUUUGUGAUGACAAACUAUCGUGAUGUACACUAUUGUUCUGACAUGCAGCAUGUAGUUAAUUCAGCAUGUUACAUUGUGAAUGUAUGUAAUAAAUGUGAUUAAUUUGG